AUGGAGGAUGCAAAAAAGUACAUCGCAAAUGGAGCAGAGGAUACGACUGAGGAUGUGGAGGAGAUAGAUACGAAGGCUAAGGCGCUGAUGCACCUCUUGAACACCAGUGAGGUUUUUGUGGCUAUCAUGGCGGACAAGAUGAAAAAGCAGCAAGAAGAGGCGAGGCAGGAAGCGGCUAGAUUACAGCAACAAGCGGCCGCAGACGAGAAUACCAAGUCUACCCCCAAGAACGAAUCGACCGAAAAGCGCGGAACUCGCUCGAGUGCGAGACAUUUGUCCGUCAAAGAAGAAGCAGCGGUGGAAACUGCAAAAUCGGAUACGAAGAAACCGAAGAAAGGCUCAGGCCGUGGGAAGAAGGCUCCUGCAAAGGGCAACAACAACAUCUCGAGUUACUUUCAGAAGGCAGCGGAUGCAGGCGUCCCAGAGGACAAACCAUCAGUACAGGAGGCACUCGUGCAAGCUGCUGAUGAAUUCGAAGCCAACCCCACCGUGCUUGGUGAGCAGGAGCUCGUUGCUACUCAGCAGCCGGAGCUGGUGACGGGUGGCAAGAUGAGGAAGUACCAGCUGGAGGGACUCGAGUGGCUUAAGACACUGUGGAUGAAUGGAUUGUGUGGAAUUUUGGCUGACGAGAUGGGUCUGGGGAAGACGAUCCAGGCCAUUUCACUUAUUGCGUUCUUCAAGGAGAAGAAGGUCUCGGGGCCAUUUAUGAUUGCUGCGCCUCUGAGUACCGUUAGCAACUGGGUGGAUGAGUUUGCGAGAUGGACUCCUGAUAUAAAUGCGGUUUUGUAUCAUGGGCCAAAGGAAGAGCGUGCUUCUAUCAGGAGAGAUCAGCUGAACCUGAAAGACCAGAGGAGUAUGGAUUUCCCGGUUGUCUGUACAUCUUACGAGAUUUGUAUGAACGACCGGAAGUUCCUUUCGCAGUACCAGUGGAGGUAUAUCAUUGUGGACGAAGGACACCGUCUGAAGAAUAUGAAUUGCCGGCUCAUCAAGGAACUGCUCUCGUACAACUCUGCGAACAGACUUCUCAUUACUGGUACACCCUUGCAGAACAAUAUCACCGAGCUGUGGUCUCUACUGCACUUUCUGCUACCUGACAUCUUCAACGACCUCAACAGCUUCCAGGGCUGGUUCGAUUUCUCGUCAAUGCUGGACAACAAUGGCCAAGCUAAUGUGGUUGAACGCCGGAAACGCACGCUGGUUUCGACAAUGCAUUCGAUCCUGAAGCCAUUCCUCCUGCGACGUAUCAAAACAGACGUUGAGACGUCGCUCCCAAAGAAACGAGAGUACAUCCUCUAUGCACCUCUGACGGUUGAGCAGAAGGACCUGUACCGUGAAAUUCUCAAUGGUACUGGCCGCCAGUACCUGGAAAACAAAGCACGGGAGAGAAUUGUGGCGCAGAACAAGACACUGACACGCGCAACGAGUCGGAAACGCGGCGCUGAUAGCAGCGGAUCAUCAACCCCUAACAAGAGUAUCAAAUCCAGUCGUGCCUCCACUCCUGCUAGCAAUGGAUCGGGCACACGCAGACGCAGAGGACCUCAGAGUUACAGAGAGAUCAGUGAUCGGGAGUUCCUUUCCAAGUUGCGGAAAGUUGAGCAAGGCAUCGAGGAUGAGCUAGAAAUUGAAGACCCUAACGAAUCCGAGCAGGAGGAGUUGGAGAGAACCAACACAAUGAAGCUUGCAAAGAAAGAAAUCGCCCAAAAGAAGAUGCAGAACCCCGUCAUGCAAGCCCGAUUGACCUGCGACUCUCCCCACAACUUUUAUUGGCCCUGGGGCGACGACCCAAGCGCAAUCGACGAAUCCCUCGUUACCUCCUCGGGCAAAAUGCUCCUCCUCGACCGCCUCAUUCCGCGCCUCUUAUCAAAUGGCCACAAGAUCCUCAUCUUCUCCCAGUUCAAGACACAGCUUGACAUCCUCCGAGACUGGGCCACUCAACUCCGCAACUGGCACUGCUGCCGCAUCGACGGCGCGAUCAGUCAGCCAGACCGCCACGCACAGAUCAAGGCGUUCAACACUAGCCCUGCGCACAAGAUCUUCCUUCUAAGCACCCGCGCUGGUGGGCAGGGAAUCAACCUCGUCGCCGCUGACACAGUCAUCCUCUUCGACUCAGACUGGAACCCCCAACAAGAUCUACAAGCGCAAGACCGCGCACACCGUAUCGGCCAAACAAAGCCUGUCAUCGUAUACCGUCUCGCAACCAAGGGAACAGUCGAACAAACCCUCCUCGAAAAAGCAGACUCGAAGCGCCGUCUAGAAAAACUAGUCAUCCAAAACGGCAAAUUCAAGAGUCUACUCGACACCGGCGCAUCGGGAAACCAGAAUGACGUUGAUGAUCUGAAAAAGGCACUUGGCGAGGAUGAGUUUGAGCAAUUUGAGACCGGCGCUGAUCCGAGUUCGAUUCUGUGUGAGAAGGAUCUUGAUAUCUUGACGGAUCGGAGUGAGGAGGCGUAUGCGCGUGCUGAGAAGGGGUUGGAUCAGAGUGGGCCGGCGUUUUUGGCCGUUGAGACUAAGAGAGAGGGGAAUGGACUUUUGGCUGAGGUUGCUGGGAAAUAA